ACUACAAGGCAUCAUGAACGCUAAGGUCUUGCUCCUAGUAUGUCUUGCAGCCGUUGUUGCUGCGGACAGUUUUGAAUCUGCUGAAUCAGGUGAAUACAACUUCAACUGGGCCGUCAAACAUGACGACUCCGGCAAUGACUUCGGUCACCAGGAAGCCCGCAAUGGAGACAACACCCAGGGGUCCUACUACGUGCAGCUCCCCGACGGCCGCCUGCAGACCGUCAGGUACGUCGUGGACGGCGACAACGGAUACGUGGCCGAAGUGAACUACGAGGGCGAGGCUCGUUACCCCGACUCCAAUGAAUCAAAGUGAAGAAAAUCUGUUAGCCCCUACGUGAAAUGAAGCGAUAAGAAACACACCCGAUUUCAUUGUCUGUUUAAUGCAGACAGAGUAGAAUUAUCUGAUCUAAUGUAAUUCCCACAAGUCUUUCCAUUCUCUUCUAGGGUCUGCUCUAGGAGGGGUACCAAAUGCUGUAAAAAUGCCUUAUUUAUUGUUGCUCUCCAAUAAAUUGUCUCCUUAUUAACAAGAGUCAUAUUUA